AUGUCUGGUCUCAAAGCUGGCGAUGCGUUCCCCGAGGGCGUGUCCUUCCAGUACGUCCCGCCCACCGGCGAGCUCGACCUCACUGCCUGCGGCCUCGCUGUCCCCUACAACGCCAGCGAGGAGGCCAAGAACAAGAAGAUUGUGUUCGUGUCGGUGCCCGGCGCCUUCACGCCGACGUGCCAGGAGCAGCACGUCGUCUCGUACCUCAAGAACCGCGACGCGCUCAAGGCCAAGGGCGUCGACCAGGUUGUCUUCCUGGCCUUCAACGACCACUGGGUCAUGGCCGCCUGGGGCAAGGCCAACGGCGUGUCGGACGAUUCGAUUCUCUUCGUAUCGGAUCCCGGUGCGGCCUUUAGCAAGUCCAUUGGCUGGACCGCCGGCGAGCGGACUGCUCGGUACGCCAUUAUUGUCGACAACGGCAAGGUCGUGUACGCCGAGCGGGACACGGUCCCCAAGUCCAUCGAGAACACGGGUGCUGAGGCCAUCUUGGCCCGCUUGUAA